GCCGUCACGCCUUGGUUUGAUUCCGACCGGCUACGAUGCGUUUCUCUCUUCUCACGUCGUUGGCGGCUCUCGCGGUCGGUGCGUAUGCCCAAUCCUCCUCGGUGGACGCGUACGUCGCGUCCGAGUCCCCUGCGGCCAAGGCGGGGCUUCUCGCCAACAUCGGCCCGAGCGGUUCCAAGGCUAGCGGGGCGAAGGCGGGUGUGGUCAUUGCGAGCCCCAGCACAUCAAAUCCCAACUACCUGUACACCUGGGUUCGCGACUCGUCUCUGGUAUUCAAGACUAUCAUCGACCAGUUCACCACUGGAGAGGACACGUCCCUUCAGGGUCUGAUUGACCAGUUCACCACGGCGGAAUCUAUCCUACAGCAGACGUCUAAUCCAUCAGGCUCGGUCAGCACUGGGGGUCUCGGAGAGCCUAAGUUCAACAUCGACGAGACUGCAUUCACCGGCUCGUGGGGCCGUCCUCAACGUGAUGGUCCUGCCCUCCGGUCGACCGCUAUCAUCACAUAUGCAAAUUGGCUGCUUGCGAACGGAAAUGGCACGAGCUACGUCCAGAACACACUGUGGCCGAUCAUCAAGCUAGACCUCGAUUACGUCCAAAACAACUGGAACUCGUCGACUUUUGACCUUUGGGAAGAGAUCAACUCGUCAUCCUUCUUCACGACUGCGGUACAGCACCGGGCGCUCCGUCAGGGUGCGGCAUUUGCCAACGCGGUUGGCCAGUCAUCGGUCGCCGAUGGCUACACGACUCAGGCAGACAACCUUCUAUGCUUCCUUCAGUCGUACUGGAACCCAAGCGCUGGUUACGUGACUUCGAAUACUGGCGGUGGACGGUCUGGCAAGGACUCAAACUCCGUCCUCGCUUCAAUUCAUACUUUUGACGUCGACGCUGGUUGCGAUGCUGCGACCUUCCAGCCGUGCUCAGACAAGGCGCUCUCCAACCUCAAGGUUUACGUCGACUCCUUCCGGUCCGUAUACAGCAUCAACAUUGGCAUCGCAUCCAAUGCUGCUGUUGCCGUGGGUCGCUACCCCGAGGAUGUCUACUUCAAUGGCAACCCCUGGUAUCUCUCCGUAUUCGCCGUCGCCGAGCAACUGUACGACGCUCUCAUUACUUGGGACAAGCAAGGCUCCCUCCAGGUCACCUCGACGUCGCUCGCUUUCUUCCAACAGUUCGACUCCUCGGUCACUACUGGCACCUACGGCUCCUCCUCCUCGACCUAUAGUACACUCACUGCUUCCAUCAAGAACUUCGCCGAGGGCUUCCUAGCGAUCAAUGCUAAGUACACACCCUCGAACGGCGGUCUUUCGGAGCAGUUUGACAAGAGCACCGGCUCGCCCCUUUCCGCCGCCGAUCUUACUUGGAGCUACGCGUCCGCGCUCACGGCGUUCGCCGCUCGCUCUGGCAAGACGUACGCGAGCUGGGGUGCGUCCGGCUUGACGGUACCCUCGCAGUGCAAUGGCAACGCCGGCCCCACUGUUUCCGUCACCUUCAAUGUUGACGCGACGACGGUCUUCGGGGAGAACAUAUACAUUACCGGCAGCGUCCCCGCUCUCCAGGAUUGGUCGCCCGACACAGCGCUCCUGCUCUCCUCUGCGAACUAUCCCACGUGGUCCAUCACGGUGACCCUUCCUGCGUCGACCGUCAUCGAGUACAAGUAUAUCCGGAAGAAUAACGGCCAGGUCACAUGGGAGUCUGACCCUAACAACUCGAUCACCACGCCUGCCAGUGGGGCAGUCACUCAGAACGACUCCUGGCGGUGAAUGAUCCCCAUUUUGACCCGAGUCUUCUGCAGCACCGAGGGGGCCGGUGUUACAUCGCCCAAUGACUUAUAAAAGAUGGGGUGUGAAGUGGGGCAAUGAAUUACCAUGACUCUUGGCGCAGUUGUCUCUCGGCUCGAGUGCCAGUCA